GAAAAAUUCCACCUGAGAGCACACUGAUUUUCAACAUUGACCUUCUAGAAAUUAGGAAUGGACCAAGGUCUCAUGAGUCAUUCCAAGAGAUGGAUCUUAAUGAUGACUGGAAACUGUCGAAGCAAGAGGUGAAAAUUUACUUGAAGAAAGAAUUUGAAAAGCAUGGAGCAGUGGUAAAUGACACCCAGCAUGAUGCUUUGGUUGAAGACAUAUUUGAUAAAGAAGAUGAAGACAGCGAUGGGUUCAUAUCUGCAAGGGAAUUUACAUACAAGCAUGAUGAGCUGUAG